UGAUGAAAGAAGCUUACACGUAAUCGUGGCGCAAUACGAUCCCAAGAAUACACUACGCAGUUCAUGCAAUCACCCCAUACCACUUGCAUUGCUCGCCUGCCAAUUUCGUUAUAAGAGUCCGGCUUACGUAGUUAAUGAAGUGAUCCAACGACUGAGUAUGUUCCAAAAGAGGAAAAUUUUUCUUCGCUGUAUGUAUUCUGGGAAUCAUACUCGAGUUAUAUGCGUGCUCGUCUGCAACUCUAGUUUGGCACACGUAUACCGUCCACAACAUACACUCGAUUCUACUGCUAAAGUCGUUAAUACAUACAAAAAUGUCAAACAAUCCUUUAUCCUGCCCACGAUAGACUCAUCCGAAAGUGAAAACAAAAGAAGAGGUAUUCGGUUUCCGAUGAAUGGUUACUCUUGGGACCCCAAGGUCAAAAAGGCAGGCGACAAAUUUGAAAGGACCAUACAUUCCAAAAUUAUCGCACAACUUCUACGAACUCUGAUUUCUGGUGAAACCGAGAACGUGUGA